GGAAUGAAAAGAGUAGCGUGAAUUCACUGGAGUCACAGCUUCAUCAUGUUUGCGAUUGUAACACUAUACUUGGUGGUAGUUUUGCUGUUUCUGCUGCUCUUUCCGACACAAAGAGCUAAAAACUUCCCUCCAGGCCCCCGACCCAUCCCAGUGCUGGGGAACCUGCUGGAGCUCAGCCUGGAGAGUCCUCUUGCAGACCUGGAGAGGCUGGCCAAACGCUAUGGGAACGUCUACAGCCUGUUCAUGGGUCCCCGGCCUGCGGUCGUCAUUAACGGACUGCAGGCCUUAAAGGAAGCUCUGGUUGACAAAAGUGCCGACUUCUCAGGCCGACCACAAGAUUUGAUGGUUAAUCGAGCUGUACAGGUGAAAGAUCAUGCUCCAGGAGUGAUUCUAGCAGAUAACACUCCUGGCUGGAGAGACCAUCGCCGCUUUGGUCUGAUGACACUGAGAGACCUCGGGCUGGGGAAACAGACCAUGGAGCAAAGGAUUCUGGGAGAGAUAGAGUGCGUUACAAAGAUUCUGGGGGAGAAAGCUGGUAAAGCCACGGAUCCUCAACUGCUGUUCCAUAAUGCAGCCUCCAACAUCAUGUGCCAAAUUCUGUUCGCUAAGAAGUUCGAUUAUGACGACGAGUUUAUGAAGUUUUCUGUUGGCUUAAUGCAUGAAACCUCCAAAAUAAUCAACGGCCGCUGGGGUAUGAUUUAUGACUACGUUCCCAUUGUGCGCAAACUGCCGCUGCCUUUUAGGAGAGCCUUCGAGUUGUUUAAGAUGUCACAUGACAAACGCAUGGAGAUGCUGGCUGAGAACAAAAAGACCAGAGUUCCUGGGAAACCGAGGCAUUUCAUAGACUGCUACCUGGAUGAACUGGAUAAGAGAGGAAACGAUGGUUCGUCCUUCUCAGAAGACCAGCUCUGUGCUUUGCUUUUGGAUCUCCACUUUGCUGGAACCGACACAACCGCCAACAGUGUGCUGACUGCCUUCCUCUAUCUGAUGAACUAUCCAGAGGCGCAGGAGCGUUGUCAACAGGAAAUAGACAAAGUUCUGGAUGGGAAGGAUCAAGCCAGUUUUGAAGACAGGCACCAGAUGCCCUACACACAGGCUGUUAUUCACGAGAUCCAGAGGUUGGCUGACACUGUUCCACUCGCUGUUUUUCACUGUACCUCUAAAGACACAGAGUUAAUGGGAUACUCCAUCCCCAGGGGAACCAUUAUCAUCCCCAACCUGUCGUCGGUGAUGUUUGAGGAGGGGCAGUGGAAAUCCCCUCGUGAAUUCAACCCUGAAAACUUCCUCAACGAACAGGGAGAGUUUGUUAAACCAGAUGCCUUCCUGCCUUUCUCUACAGGUCCUCGGAAGUGUCUCGGAGAGGCUCUGGCUCGCAUGGAGCUUUUCCUCUUUGUGGUGACUCUGCUGAGGAAGUUUAAGUUCAUCUGGCCUGAGGAUGCAGGAGAACCAGACUAUAUUCCAGUCUUUGGGACGACCCAAACCCCCAAACCAUAUCGCAUGAAGGUCCAGCUCAGAGGAUAAGCUACGAUGCAGCAAUUCCUAGACAAAGGUUAUUCUGCUAAUGAAGCAAACAAUGCAUUUACACUUUCAACUGUUCACAAAUAAAACAUUAAAGAGUUUAAUUGUAAAACAUAUCACUUCAAGUUAAAUGUCUGCUGGAUGUGUAAAUGGGCAACUGCUUGUGUGUGGGUUUUUUUGGCAUGCUAUCAAAAAAUAACUCUAGAAAGAGUAUGACUUUCAUCUUGUUUGUAGGGUAGUGCCCCCUUGUGUUCAGUUUCUUACUUUGUUAAUAUGUCCAUGGAGUGAUUUCUAUAUGUAGGAAGGCACUUAAGUGAAAUAAGUAGUCCAGUGCAUGGCUUAGCAUGUCUUCCUUGAAAUUACAGUCCAGAUUUUCUAAAUUUCAACAAACCUGAAGAACUAAUCCCAUCAACUUGCAGCGUCACUGUAACUUCAUUCUAUUUCAGAAUCAGCUUCCAGUUCGAACAUGUAUGGUUGAAUUACUCAAAUAGUACAACUUGCCAUUGUGUCACAAAAAGCAAUUUAGCAGUGUGUGAGCAGAGCUGCUGGUGUGCUUGAGCUGCAGCAAGUCGAAGAGAGGUGAGUUGAGUUCUUGGGGUUUAAUACAGAACUGGUGAUAAACUUUGAGGAAAACAUAACACUUACCAGAGAUGCGUCUUUGCUGACUUCCGAUGCUUUAUCUUUUCAUCUUGCUUGAAGGUGUGCACAUUUACAGCAGCCACUUGAGGGCACAAUCAAGUGUUAAUGGCACACUUCUGAAAACCUGUUUCCCUUUGGUGAUGGCUGGUGUGGUCUGAGGUGAAACACAAUUAGAACUUUGGCAGUAAAAACUGCUUUUCAGUCUGCUAUAGUCACAGAAGGACUGAUUUCCUUUAAAGCCCUGAAACUGUGACCUUUACUGGAUGCACCAUAUCAAAUACAAUUUUUUUGCGUAUCAUUUUACAGCAUUAAAAUAACAUGAAAUGUUUAAGGUUGAAUAACUAAAUGCUGCAACUGAUAAUGGAGCAAUGACUAAUAUAAUGUAACUCAAUAGGUCAAAAAUAAAAAUGCACAGCUUAAUAAGCAGCAUAAAUCAAUAUGGGAAAACUUCAGAGGCAAAUUACCCUAAAAAUGUAAUGUGUGUACAGAAUACCUACGGUUACAAUAGUAAAGUUUACAGUAAGUCAAAGCAUUACAUUUGAUCACCUCUGUUCAAACUGAUCACAUUAACCUUCAACCAGAUGUUCUGAUUGUAAUAAAACUCAAAUGACCCCUCCUCCUUUCUCUGGCAGUGUACAACUGAAACAAACAUUACCAACUAAACAGUCUGUGUAACAUCUAAUCAUGUGUAACAUGGUUUUCAAAGAAAUAACUUGUUUACGUUGCUUAUGUCUGUAUUUGACAUAACGGUGUAAGUAUGUCACCACAGUAAAGGAUGGAAGAUCCAAAAUAAACAGGAAUCCUUUGGGAAGCAUGAAUAAUGAAUAAAAAGCAAAUCUGCACUUGG